UUUUCCCCACCCUCACCCCGAACACGCUUUCCCCGCACCAAGGCCUCGUGCCCUGCUACUUAACCUAACCCACCUCAGAACAAUUCCCCAUUCCUGAUUCCAACCAGCUCACACGAGUCGAUACUCGAUAGAGAGGAGGGAGGAGGAAGCCAAGAACAAGCAGCCGUACCCGUCUUGCGCGCGCGUGGAGAGGAAAGAUUGGAUUUUGUCUUACGGUUGGUGAGCAGAGAUGUUGAGGGCGGUGGCGAGGUGCUGCGGCCACUGGCCGCCGAGCGCGGCGGCGGCGGACGGGAUGCUGUGGCAGACGGAGCUGCGGCCGCACGCGGCGGGGGAGUUCUCGAUGGCCGCGGCGCAGGCGAACCUGGCCAUGGAGGACCAGGCGCAGGUGCUGGCCUCCCCGUCCGACACACUCGUCGGCGUCUACGACGGACACGGCGGGGCCGACGCCUCCCGUUUCCUCCGAUCUCGACUCUUCCCCCAUGUCCAACGCUUCGCGAUGGAGCAGGGGGGCAUGAGCACGGAGGUGAUCCGGAGGGCGUUCAGCGAGACGGAGGAGGAGUUCCAUAAGCAGGUGAGGCAGGAGUGGAAGAAGCGGCCGCGGAUGGCCGCCGUGGGCUCCUGCUGCCUGCUCGGGGCUAUCUCCGGGGACACGCUCUACGUGGCCAACCUCGGGGACUCGCGCGCCGUGCUCGGGCGUCGAGUGGUGGGGGGCGGGGUGGCCGUUGCCGAGCGGCUGUCCAGCGAGCACAACGCGGCGUCCGAGGAGGUGCGGCGGGAGCUCGCCGCUUUCAACCCCGAUGAUGCGCAGAUCGUUGUGCACACCAGGGGGGCGUGGAGAGUGAAGGGGAUAAUUCAGGUGACAAGAUCCAUUGGUGAUUUUUAUCUGAAGAAACCUGAGUAUAGUUUGGACCCCUUGUUUCGGCAAGUUGGUCCCCCUAUUGCAUUGAAGAGACCAGCUCUUAGCGCUGAACCAUCAAUACAAGUUCGCAAGCUGAAUCCAAACGACCUAUUUCUGAUAUUUGCUUCAGAUGGUCUUUGGGAGCACCUCAGCGAUGAUGCUGCGGUGCAAAUUGUCUUCAAGAAUCCAAGAACUGGAAUAGCCAACAGAUUGGUGAAGGCUGCCUUGAAGGAAGCAACAAGAAAGAGGGAGGUCAGGUAUCGUGACCUGAGGACGAUCGAAAGGGGUGUGAGGCGGCAUUUCCAUGACGACAUCAGUGUUGUGGUGGUCUACCUCGACCGCCACCGUGAGCGCCGCCACACCAGGGUCAUCGAUUCGAGCAGCAACUGCACCAGCGCCCCCAUCGACAUUUACUCAUCCAACACACAAUCUUAUAAGAGCUGAGCUCUGUGUAGUGGACUGGGCAGCUUGCGAGUUCGGCUAUCUCUGGCUGGUGAACUGCAGUUGCAGACCAGGUUGCGCGAACUGGGGUGCCAUUGCCAUUGGAGGAGCUCGAGAUGUACAUAGAUAGUGUGGGUGCGUGGCGUUUUGAUGCCGGAGAAGAUCAUCUGGUCUUGGAUUGUUUAGCGUAAUUGGUUAAUCGCAGCAUUUCUUGUUUCCUUUUUUUUGGGUCAAAUUAUGCUUAACCAGCAGUAAGCCGCCCUUUGGAGCGGGCUUUAAAGAAAUCUGUAAUGCUGCAAUACUGCAGCGUCGUGACGUAGUUGAUUACGAACUGGAGGUUAGUGGAGACCAAAGAAUAUAUGCUCUGCUUACAAUCUGGAAGUUAGGUUGAGACAA